AUGUUCUUUGUUUUGGUUGCUAUCACCGCAAUCAAUGCUAUCCCAUUCAAGAUCAACAACGGUCUUGGUGCUACUCCAGUAGAAUGCGAUCUUUGUCAACUUACAGUCAACGUCACUGAACACUUGAUCAAGACUCAAAACUACACCAAAGAACAAGUCGAAACUGAAUUAAAGAAGAUUUGCAACAUCGUUCCUGCCAAUAUGACCAAGGAAUGUAAUUUGUUCAUGUUACUCACUGCUCCACUCAUCACUGAUGCUUUGUUCAAUGGUGAAAGUUCAACUGAAUUGUGCACCAAGUACAAGCUCUGCGCCCCAGUUCCAUCCGAAGAAGCAAGAGUACACGUUGCUGCUCGUAGAUUCAACCCACAAUUGGUCAACAAGAUCAAGACUCAAGGUUCUGUCCUCUCUGAAAAGAUCAAGGCCAACCUCCAAAAGGUCAACAUUCAAAACGACAAGGCUGAAAUCAUCAAAAACAUUAGAAAGACUUUUGAAUAA